CUUCUCGUAUAUCCCACAAAAUACUCUCUUUCUACGUAACACUGACUAGAGCUCAAACUCCGAACGCAGACACCCACCUUGGCUUUCAGCUAAAUCUUCUUUUGUGCCUCCAAAGCGCAGGUGCAUGUAGUUAAUCUCCAUCUUCAGCGGCAACAUCUUUUCUGCGUGCGUGACAAAGAUGGUGAUCACAGAGUCCGAAAUGAUCUCCCAAGGCGACGUCGAGUCGUCGUUACCGGCCUAUCAACAACCCAAGAACAACCCCUUCUCAUCGCUCGGAAGACAAUCCUCCAUCUACUCCCUCACUCUCGACGAGUUCCAGCACACGCUCUGCGAGAGCGGCAAGAAUUUUGGGUCUAUGAACAUGGACGAGUUCCUUGCCAGCAUUUGGACCGCGGAAGAGAACCAAGCCGUCAACUCCACCGCCACAACCGCUACCACCACCAACAAUGCCGUCAAUAGUAUGAGCAGCCAUGCCCAGUUGUCUCUGAUCGAUGCGCAUACUGAGAAGGGAAUAUCAAAGCAGCCAAGCUUGCCACAACAAGGUUCGCUCACCCUUCCCGCACCGCUUUGUAGGAAAACAGUGGAAGAAGUUUGGUCUGAAAUCCACAAAGGGCAGCAAGGAACGCAUCAGAAUAAUAACAGCAGCAACGAUAAUGGUGAUAACGUUCAUAAUCCCGAGUCCGCGCCGCGCCAGCCCACUUUCGGAGAGAUGACCUUGGAGGAUUUUCUGGUGAAGGCAGGGGUAGUAAGGGAACCAUCAUGUGCAUUGCCUGUCUCUCAAUCACAGCCGCUGCAGCAGUACGGGGUGUACCAAAAUAACAAUCCCACAGAGGCUCCCAGUUUUGUAAAUAGGCCCAUAGCUGGACUCGGUGGUGCUGCUGGUUGUGUUAGUGCCGGAGGUGGUGCUGGUGGUGUAAGUGCUGGUGCUAGUGUUCCUACUUACCAAACAAUGCCACUGGGCGGCGGGGCUAUUGGAGAAUCGUCAGGGGAUGCUGGAAAUGGCAAGAGGAGUGGUGGGUACCCGCCGCCGCCUCAGCCGCCACCGGUUUAUUAUGGUGGGAGAGGAGUGAAUGGUGGCGGCGGAUACGGUGCACCGUCGGCUAUGGUAGUGGCGCCGGUGAGUCCGGUUUCUUCUGAUGGGUUGUGCAAAGCUCCGGUCGAUAACUCGGGGAAUCAAUUUGGAUUGGACAUGGGAGGGUUAAGGGGAAGGAAGAGGAUUAUAGAUGCAGGUCCGGUGGAAAAGGUGGCGGAGAGGAGACAGAGAAGGAUGAUCAAGAAUAGGGAGUCGGCGGCGAGGUCGAGAGCUAGGAAACAGGCAUACACAGUUGAGUUAGAAGCAGAAUUGAACCAGUUAAGAGAAGAGAACGCCCACCUUAAACAGGCUCUGGUAGAUAUUGACUGGAAAAGAAAGCAACAGUACUGUGAAGAAAUGAAAACCAAAGUUCAAACCAAGGCUCAAAAGGAUAAAGAGAGACUGAGGGUGUUGAGGAGGAAUCUAAGUUGCCCAUUGUGAAGUGCUACAUGAGAUCGACCAAUUAAUGUGUAUCAUGAAGAACGAAACCAGCAAAGGUCAGACCCAAAAAAGAGAAGCUAAACUGAUGCAUGAAGAGGUCGGUAAUGAUAAGAAAUUCGAUUAAUGUCCCAUUGCGAAGAAACCAGAUUGAUCAUAACUGCAUGAAAGUGCAGUGCAUGACAUUGGAUUAGCUUAUGAUUGAGACUCUAUAUAUGAAUGAUCACUAGCUAUAUAUAUAUAUAUAUAUGUAUGUAUGUAUCAAAAGCUAGAUAGCUGCACUUGGUCAUGCAUGCUAAAGUCCUUAUAGCUAGCAGACAAUGAGAGUGUCUGCAUGGCUUUUAUAGCUCUUGCUACCUUAACUAUACCGCUAGCUAGGCGCUGCUCUUGUUUUUAUGUCCAGGAUUGAUGGUAGAGAUCUGUAAAUGUUGACCUGCUUGGGUAUUUCUAUAAGUAUCCGUGAAUAUAUAUUAUUAUUAUAAGCAACCUGUAGAAUUGAUGAUCA